AUGACAUCGCGACAGCGGCCCAGCGCAGAGGAAGAGCCGCUUCUGGGGCAAGGCGAGGCCGGCACUCUUUCGCCUCCGACAGAAGGGCUGUGGCCGCUGAUCGUCGUGCUCGUCACUUCGGCGCUCUGGUCGCUCGCCGACUUUGCACCCAAAGCUGCUGCCAUAGAUGCGCUGAGAAAGUUCUCGUGCGCAGAAUUCUACAGUGUGCACCCACACCCUUCGCCAGCAGAUUUGCAGGCUUGGAUGACGCAGAGCAGCGGAGCUGCGCAGACUGCUCGCUACGUCCUCAUCACCGACACGAUGAACUCUCUGCUCACCCUGCUGGCCAUCUUGUACUUUGGCCCCAAGUUGAGCAAGUGGGGUCGCAAGCCAGUGCUCUUGAUCAGCUUGUGCGCAAUUCUCGUCAUGCAAAUGGGCUUUCUAGUGCUCCCGAUAGCGUAUCCAUACGGGCCAGACGUGGAUCAGGUCGGCAUACAUCCUGUAUUGACCAUGUACCUCAUCAUCGGCGGUUACGUCAUUUCAGGUUUGUUGGGAGCUGUGAUGCUGCCGCUAGUCACCUUUCGAACAUUGGUUGCCGAUCGCUCCACUGCCGCAAAGCAGACUCGCAACCUCACUUGGCUCACGCUGACGUACCUCGGAGGCGUCAUGUUUGGGCCGCUGCUUGCCGGCCUCCUCGCGGAGCUCUUUCCCAUCACCUCCAACGGCAUCGACGCUGCGCUCGAAUCGGAAUGGUGGUACUGGAUGAAGAGCGAGGCUCCCGAGCAGCCGCCGGUUCCGACUCCUCAACCCGUUCCUCCUUUGCCUCCCGGCCGAGCAGACGAGCGCAACGUGACGCCAUUUGUCGUUUCACUCUCGUUUGCAAUCCUCGCGCUCCUGUUUGCCGCGUUCUUUGUCGCCGAGUCGAACCCGACGCAGGCGAGUGCGCCUAGCGAGGCAGAGGAGCAGGACGUCGGCGCCUCGCAAAGCACCGCACCUCGCCGUACAUCCCUCGCCUCGAAGCUCGGUCCACUGCGACUGCUCGUACCGCCCAAAGUCGACGGCAAGAGGGAUUGGCGGUACUCGCGCCUCGCACUCGUUCAAAGCGCUGGAACUUCGGGUGGCACGGGUCUCACGGUGCUCAUCGUUGGGACGGGUCACAUAUGGGCUUGGGAUCCUUCCUCGGUCGGCUUUAUGCUGUCUUGGAUAGGUGGAAGCCGAGCAGUGGUCCUCUUUGCCGUCGUGCCGCUGCUCGUCAAGUUGACAGAAAAGAUUGUGCCCAAGCCAAUGCAGCUGGUUGGUCUUUCGGAUGCAGAAUUGGAGCGACUGGCCAAGGGAGCGCGCGCCGAGGACAUCGGUGAUGCCGAUGAUGAAGAGGACGUUGCGGACCGACGUGCUGCAACAUCGAGCACCGAUCGACUCGAGGAUCGCGAUUCUGAUGCGCGUUUGAAACCCCUCGUGGUGUUGUGGAGAUGCGCCGUCGAUCUCUCGCUCGCACGCAUAUCCUUCUUCACGGAAAUGCUGGGAUACAUGAUCAUCUCUACCGCUGCGUUGCUGAGGAACAGCCCGCUGAUGCUGUUCGGCACAGUCUUUCUCUCGCUUGGAGGCGGUUACGCACCAGCAAUGCAAUCCGCCUGCAUUGCUCUCGCUUCAGACGUAUUUUCUGGCGUUGCAGUCGAAGACGAAGCGGGCGCACCCAAUGCUCACAAACCCCUCGUGCCCAAGAAGCUGGGCUCGGCAGAUGCAGCGCUAUCCGCCUUCUCCAUCAUCGACACGCUGGUGCAGACGUGCGUGCCCGUCGCCACCACAUCGCUCUACGCAGCCACAAACGAGACGUUUCCCCCUGCUCCCUUUAUCCUGAUUACCGCUUUUUACGCCAUCGCUGUGACUGCCCUCAGUGGCUUAAGCCCUCACAGAUCGCACCAUCACUGAGUCUAUCUCAGACGUAACAUAUCUCGUUG